GACCCUAGACACAAAUGAUCCACACAACACUUGAAAACUUUGCACUAUCUUUGUUCUUCUAACAUAAACACAGUUGUUUUUAGACAGUGUAAUUAUAAGUGUAUCCCGAAGCUGCUAUCGUCUGAACUACAACUGCACAAACUUCACCACCAAUACUCCAAAAAUGGCUUUACUAUGCAAGGGGAAAUUCUUGUUAAUUGCCCUCUUCUUUGUCUUGGCAAUGUGGGCUGAUCAAGCUUCUACCCGAGAGCUCCAUGAAUCAACCAUGGCUGAAAGACAUGAGAAGUGGAUGGCAAAACAUGGGAAGGUUUAUAAGGAUGAUGAAGAGAAACUAAGACGAUUUCAGAUAUUCAAGAAUAACGUUGAGUUCAUUGAGUCAUCCAAUGCUGCUGGGAACAAUUCCUACAUGCUUGGCAUUAACAGAUUUGCAGACUUAACAAAUGAAGAGUUCAGGGCUUCUUGGAAUGGAUACAAGAGACCUCUUGAUGCAUCAAGAAUAGUAACACCAUUUAAGUAUGAAAAUGUCACUGCUUUACCUUAUAGCAUGGACUGGAGGAGGAAAGGAGCUGUUACUUCCAUAAAGGAUCAAAGAGAAUGCGGAAGUUGUUGGGCUUUCUCGGCUGUGGCAGCCACUGAAGGGGUUCACAAGCUAAGAACUGGAAAAUUGGUGUCUCUAUCAGAACAAGAGCUUGUAGAUUGUGAUGUUAAAGGCGAAGAUAAAGGCUGUCAAGGUGGUCUAAUGGAAGACGCUUUCAAAUUCAUUAAAAGAAACGGUGGAAUCACAACUGAAGCUUAUUAUGCUUACAGAGGAAGAGAUGGAAAAUGCGACACCAAAAAGGAGGCUUCCCACGUAGCGAAAAUCACCGGCUAUCAAGUUGUUCCGGAAAACAGCGAAGCGGCAUUAUUGAAGGCAGUGGCUCACCAACCUGUUUCAGUCUCCAUUGAUGCUGGUUCAAUGUCCUUUCAGUUCUACCAAAGCGGUAUUUACGCAGGAAGCUGUGGAAGUGAUCUAAACCAUGGUGUUGCAGCAGUAGGGUAUGGUACGAGUAGCUCUGGAUCAAAGUAUUGGAUUGUCAAGAAUUCAUGGGGCCCUGAAUGGGGUGAGAGAGGAUACGUCAGGAUGAAGAGAGAUAUAACCUCGAGGAAAGGCCUCUGUGGUAUAGCCAUGGAUUGCUCCUAUCCAACUGCCUAACUACAAGCAUCGUCCGAUUAGAAAUAAUUUUGCAUUAUUGUUUCUUCAUUUUCUGAAUCAUGUAUUUGAAGCUCAGAAGUUCUAGCAAUGGAAGCUCAUAGCUAUUUUUGUGGUAA